AUGAAAGACUGCAAAAGUCUUAGGAGGCUACCAAAGACCAUUGGUAUGCUAAAGCUACUUGACACACUUAUUAUAUCCGGUUGCUCAAAUCUUGAUAACUCUUCAAUAGAGGUAAUUAGGAGCAUGGAGUCUCUGAAAGUGCUUGAAUUGGAUAGAAUUCCAAUGAGUCAGUUAUUCACUCCCCACAGGGAGGUCAAAUCAGGGACUUAUUUACCAUGCUCUUUACUAUCUUUAAGUCUCAGUGGGUGCAAUCUUUCUGAUGAUGCUUUUCCUGUGGAUUUUUCUAGCCUAUCCUUAUUGAGGAGUUUAAAUCUAAGUGAGAAUCCAAUUUCUGGCCUACCAAAUUGCAUCAAGGGUAUGACAAGCAUAGAUGAGCUCUCUUUUUCAAAUUGUUUGAGGCUUGAAUCCCUUGUAGAGCUACCAAAAGUACGCAACGAGUUGAAUGUGUCAGGUUGCGAAGCAUUGGUAAAAAUAACAUAUCAGUCAAAUUCGUACGCCCAAUUUCCACGCCGAAGUGGUAAGAAUCACAGCCUAUGUGAGUGGGAAUACGAAUACAAGUUAGAACCUAUUGGAAGAGUUGAUGUAGAAAUGCUCAACCUUUUGGGCCUGAGCAAAUUGGACUUCGAAUUUAUGCCAAAUGUUCGGAUAUGCAAACCAUAUCAAGGUUACGACGUACUCCAUCAGGGCGGUAUCCAGGGACUGCAUGAGUAUGAUUGUACAGACUCAUAUAUUCGAGGAAAUGCAAGAAAGCUAGAUAUGUUCAGCACAUUUCUGCCUGGAAAUGCGGUUCCAGGCCAAUUCAGCUAUAGAACCAAAGGCUCCUCCUCAAUAUCAUUAACCUUGCCUUUGCCUUCACUUCCCGAGAUCAGAAUCCGAGGCUUUAACAUCUUCAUUGUCUAUGCAGUUUCUGAUAACGACGAUGAAAGAUAUUCUUCUAGUAGUGACCAGGGUUCAAUAACUAUCAAAAUCAUAAAUGAGAGCAAAGACGACAACUGGCAUUAUGGCCCAAUAUAUCACGGUAUUCCAGGUAAGGGAGAAGACAUGAUAUGGUUAACCCAUUGGAAUAUGAAGAAUCAAGUAAAAGGUGGGGAUCAAAUGGCUGUUUCACUCUCGGUAAAUCAUGCAAGGUUUCGGUAUCAGGUAAAGGAGUGGGGGAUCCAGGUUGUACAGGAAAAGCAAGAAGAUAAGACGUGUACCGACCACUACACCACAAAUCCCAUUUCUUUUCCAUGUGCCACUGGUGGAGAUUUGUUAACAUCUGAUGAGCCGUUGAGGGGAACAUACUUGCUGUCAUGUGAACCUCAUUCAACGGUAGAUAAAGAUAAAAAAGAAGAUGAUGAAGAAGAGGCAGUGGGUGAUCCUAUUCCUGCAUCAGCAAUGGGGGAUGGCAGCAACAACAGCGAUCGGGGUCUCAGAAAGUGGAAGGUGCUCAUCAUUGCUGCUAUCAUCCUUGCUGCUGCCAUCAGCGCUGCUCAUCGUUUUGAGGAAUCUGAUCUAGACACAAAUCUAGCUGAAACUGUCACUAAUGCAGACAAUGAAGAAGAACAACGGGAUGAAGAUGACAAGCUUGCAACAGCGACCGAUACUGACAGCAGUACCAACCGUGCGCGGGAUCCCAGAAAGUGGAAGGUGCUCAUCAUUGCUGCUGUCAUAUUAAUUCUCUGUUUAUCUGUUCGCUGGUUCUUCUUUUUCUCCGCCAGAGACAGAUACAUGGAGUCCAUUUUGGUUCCUACAUGAAUUUAUUUUCUCUUCCUUCGUUCUCUCUCCUUAUGAAAUAUGUACAUGGGAAGAAUUGAUGUGGACUUAUCAAUGUUCAUUAUGGACUACAACAGCUUAGCUAGCUUAUUUGUAGAAAAAGUAGUUCGACAAUGCUUGAAUUAUUCAACUCCAUCACCUUUUUACUAUAUAUAAUCAGUACUGAUCUAUCGUUGAUUACUUAAUUAUCCAAGAUGUACAUGAA